ACAAGCAGCAAGACUCCGAAGCCGAGAGUAAAAGUACCAAGCAUAGACCGAGCGCGCUGCUGGAGCUGCUUGUUUAUUCUCCUGCGUCGUCUCUCUCUGGAAUAGUUGCAGAAACAGACGCAGAGGUUGGUAGUAAACUCUCUGGAGUUUGAUCAGAGUCGCUUUUUUCCGUUGUGCUUGUGGAAGUGAAGUGCGCCGAAACUUGGAAUACGCCUAGACGCUUUGAUCCCGCGAAAGAUUUGGAAAGAGUUGGAUGGAGUGCGCGUCUUAAAGACUCUACAGUAUCUUUAAACAGACAUGACCCCUUCAAUCUAGUGAAGAAUCAAACCCUCCAUCCAUAUUAAAACAGUGAACAAAUCAGACCCGCCAGGUCGAAAGAACCCAACCAGAAUCCUCUGAACCACAUCAAAGGUUCCCAUCACAUCAGUCCGACCGUCCUCUUCAAGACAGAAGAUGGAGUGGAGGAGCGUCUCGUUGGCAUUGCUGGCGUGCAUGGUCAUGGCGUUCACCCCCGGUACCUCUACUCCCUCAGGACCGGCCUCUGCCACCUGUGCCACCCUGGAGCAGAGCCGCUUCUUCGGCGUGUUCUCCUCUAAGACUACCCUGCCGUCAGCUCCCUGCUCCUGGACCCUGCAGAACCCUGAUCCUCGCAGAUACACCGUUUACAUGAAAAUCACCAAGCCCACUGAGUCCUGCACCCCACGCCAGAUCCGAACCUUCCAGUUCGACUCCUUCCUGGAGACCUCGCGUACGUACCUGGGCAUGGAGAGCUUCGACGAGGUGGUGCGACUGUGUGACGCUUCCUCUGCGGUGGCCUACCUGGAGUCCAGCAAACAGUUCCUGCAGCUGCGGAAGGUGAUGCCACGUCUUGGUAUGGAGCCCAUGGAGGCGGACGAGGAAAACGACGAAGGGAGCCAAUUCAGUGCUGAGUUUCUGGUUGUGGGGAAGAGGAACCCAAGCAUGCCAGCCUGUGAGAUGCUGUGUAAGUGGUUGGAAGAUUGUCUGGCCACCAGUACCCACGGAAACCCCUGCGGUAUCAUGGCGACGCCCUGCCAGUGCUGGGAGCCGCCCAAAAGGAAGGCAGGUGGAUGCUAUAGGGGCGGAGUCUACAUGGAGAAGUGUGCGCCCACCACUAGAGACAACAACCGGGAUACUGAGAUCAUGAGGGGCUGGAACGGAUGGGGCCGCUGGUCCGAGUGCAGUAAUGAAUGUGGCGGUGGAGUCCAGGUUCGCAGCCGUGCGUGUCAACCCGAGGAUGGCUUUUGCGAGGGGGUGGUAGAAGAGGGCCGGUCCUGCAACCCUCAGCCCUGCAUUGGUAAAGUUCGACAGAGAAGUCAAGCCCUGCGAUCCAUCAUCGGCCAAAGGCGAGACGCUGAUGGCACUAUCAUGGCAAACCAGGCCCCUCACAAAGAAGAAGCUCAGCGGGAUGAAUGGUCUCCGUGGAGUGUGUGUUCUGUAAGCUGUGGAGAAGGCUGGCAAAGUCGUGCUCGUACCUGCAUGACAUCCGCUCAAAGCACACAAUGCACCGGCCCUUUGAGAGAGAACCGACCCUGCAACAACACUGCUGUCUGCCCAGUGAACGGCUCGUGGGACGAAUGGGCCCCGUGGAGUUUGUGCUCAUCCACAUGCGGUCGUGGAUAUCGUGAUCGUGUCCGUACGUGCAAGGAGCCUAGAAACGGUGGAUCUCCCUGCCGCGGGCCCACCAAACAGACCAAGUUUUGCAACAUCGCUGUCUGCCCAGUUGAUGGUUCCUGGAACGAGUGGUCCGCCUGGACCCCUUGCUCAUCUUCUUGCUCUAACGGAACAAUGCAGAGAACCCGCGAGUGUAACGGCCCGUCGUACGGAGGCUCGGAGUGCAGAGGAGAAUGGCUUGAGACUAGCAACUGCUUUAUCCGAGACUGCCCUGUUGAUGGGAGGUGGCUGUCGUGGAGCGUGUGGGCCAGUUGCAGUAAGAGCUGUGGUGGAGGUCAUCAGUUGAGACACAGAGUUUGUGAGGGGCCGAUUUCUGGUGGAGAGCCAUGCAACGGUGACAAAACUGAACUGCGAAGCUGUAACGAGAAGCGGUGUCCAGAAGCUCAUGAGAUCUGUGGAGAGGAGAGCUACAGCAGCGUGGUGUGGAGAAAGACCCCCGCCGGCGACACUGCCUCCGUGCCCUGCCCGUCUGAUGCUGCAGGCCUGAUUCUGCGUAAAUGCACGCUGGACGCUGUGGGUCUGGCCUUCUGGGAAAAUCCAACUCACAUUAAAUGCAUUUCCAAAGAAUUCCAGGACAUCCACACGCUGACACGGCAUCAUGUGACUCAGUCUCAGCACGGUCGGCUUGUGGAUGGUGUGUCAGAGGUUCUGUCCAAGCUGAGAAUGGCCUCAACUGACAGUAUGAAGUACAGCGGAGAUCUUCUGGCUGUGAUGGAAGUCUUGAGGAACAGUACAGAGAUGUUCAAGGGGUCCGGACACAGUCUGAGCAAUGCUGAUGUGGAGAACUAUGCCCACACCAUCAGUCACUUACUGCAGGAGACACACAGAGACAAAUGGGAGGAAGCACAGCUGAUGGGUGCAAACAUCCGUGAGUUGUUCAGUCUGGUUGAGAACUUCAUUGACAUGAUCGGACUUCAGAUGAGAGAUUUUCAGGACAUCUAUGAGGUCACCGAGAAUCUGGAGCUGAGCAUCCAGAAGCGUCCCCGAGCAAUGACCUCUGACGUGACCUUUCCCAUGAAGGGCUGGCGGGGGAUGAUCGAUUGGGUCCGUAAUUCACAAGAGAAGAUCACUGUAUCCCGCAGUGCCCUGAGUCUGGACGUGCCAGAUGCUGAGCAGAGUACUGGUUUUGUGACUGGUAUCGUUCUCUACAGAAAUCUGGCUCCAAUUCUGUCCUUUCAGAGUAACCACACGCUGCUGAACUCAAAGGUCGUCACGGUAACAGUGAAGCCUAACCCUGGAUUCUUGUCAGCUCCUGUUGAAAUUGAGUUCCCUCACCUGCACAACGGCACCGUUAAUGAGACCUGCAUCUCCUGGGACGAGAGUGAUAGCGCGUCCACGCUCGGCUCCUGGUCCGCGCGCGGCUGCAGAUCGGUAACGCGCGACUCCAGCACCACCUGCGUGUGUGACGGACUUUCCACAUUCGCCCUGAUCGCGCGACCGAACCCCGAUUCGAACAUGGACAAGUCUCUGUUGCCAUCGGUUACGAUGAUCGUAGGAUGUGGGGUGUCAUCGCUCACGCUUCUCCUUCUCCUCAUCAUCUACGUCUCAGUGUGGAAGUACAUCCGUUCCGAGCGUUCCGUAAUCCUCAUCAACUUCUGUCUGUCAAUCAUCUGCUCUAACGCCCUAAUUCUGAUUAGUCAGACACAAGCACGCAACAAGGUGAUGUGCACCUUAGUGGCAGCGCUCCUGCAUUUCUUUUUCUUGAGUUCGUUCUGCUGGGUCCUGACGGAGGCGUGGCAGUCAUACAUGGCCGUCACGGGCCGCCUGCGGAAUCGCAUCAUCCGGAAGCGCUUCCUGUGUCUUGGCUGGGGUCUGCCCGCUUUGGUUGUCGCUGUUUCUGUGGGUUUCACAAAAGCUAAAGGUUACGGCACUGUCAACUACUGCUGGUUGUCUCUUGAGGGUGGUCUCUUGUACUCAUUUGUGGGUCCGGCCGCUGCUGUUGUACUGGUGAACAUGGUGAUCGGUAUUCUGGUUUUCAACAAACUUGUGUCCAAGGACGGCAUCACGGAUGUGAAGCUGAAGGAGCGAGCUGGGGCGUCGCUGUGGAGCUCAUGUGUGGUUCUGCCACUUCUUGCUCUCACUUGGAUGUCAGCCGUGUUGGCCAUCACAGAUCGGCGAUCCGCUCUCUUCCAGAUUCUCUUCACUGUGUUUGAUUCUCUGGAGGGUUUCGUUAUUGUUAUGGUGCACUGCAUCUUGCGUCGAGAGGUCCAGGAGGCGGUGAAGUGUCGCGUGGAGGACCACAAAGAUGACGGCAACGGCGAUUCCGGCAGCUCGCAACAGAACGGCCACACGCAGCUCGUGUCUGAUUUUGAGAAGGACGCUGACUCAAGCCGGCCAGGUGGUAUGAAGAGCUCAUCAGAGGAGAAGAUGCCCCCUCCUCAGCUUCCUCUGCCCCUCGGUCCAAACUUCCACACACUUCCUUCCAACCCCGGCGGCAAGAGCCACGUUCCCCCCGUCCCCGAAUACUCCAGCCACACGCUCACCCUGCGCAGGGAGAAGGGGCGUGGUGUCGACCCGUCUUGCGGCAAACCCGUGUACGUGUGCGACAGCGAGCUCUUCAAGCAGCUGGACGCAGAUCUGGCCCGGGUGCAGGCCGAGAGUGUCUGUCCGGAUGGCAGCGGUUACGUGCUUCUACCCAACACCACCUCCACCCUGCGCUCCAAACCCAAAGACGACGCCAGCAAGUACAACAUGAGCACCGAGCUGCCACAGGCCCGCCUCAUGCAACUGAGCGGAGCCUUUGCCGAACCGCAGGCCGCCUACGCCAUCAAAACGCUGCCCGCAGACCGUGUCAGUGUGUCCUACUCGGAGCGCGACUCGCCCAUUCAGAACAUACACAACAUCUCAAGCGAGAGUCACGUGACCAGCAGUCUGGGCGACACCUUUGACUCCAUGAACUCCAUGAUGUCCAAGAGCGAAACCAUCUCCACGCUGUCCAUGAGCUCUCUGGAGGUCAGCGAGGGGAGACAGAAGUCCCGCUAUGCAGAACUGGACUUUGAGAAGAUCAUGCACACAAGAAAACGCCAUCAGAACAUGUUCCAGGACCUCAACAGGAAGAUGCAUCACGCUGAGAAAGACAGAGAGUCGCCCGCCUCUGACAGUAAGUCCGUAAGAUGGAGUGUUUCCUCAGCAGGAAGCGACAAGACAAACCAUAGCGAUAAGCAGCAGGGUCCAAUGGAUCGAUCGUGGGAGACCAUGAGCAGGUCCCAGGCAUCCCCUCCCGGCUGGGUCAGGAAAGACAUGGAGCCCCUGCAGGCAUCUCCUCCGGACCUCCAGGGUGUGGAGUGGGAAAAGGCCGGAGCCGCCAUCCCCCUCGUGGGCCAAGACAUCAUCGACCUGCAGACGGAGGUGUGAGGGCUUUACUUCCGACUUCUGUUGGUUUGGGAAAGAGAGCAGAACAGAAGGAGCGAGGGCAGAGGGGAACGCACUGUACCCGUCUGUCAUUUCCGUCUGUGUCUCUCUGGCUUCAGUAGCAGCUCUCAGCUCAAGAUGAGUCUUUAGAGGGCAUGGAAACAGAGCCAAACUGUUUAACUUGCUCCAUGUAAGGAGAGAUGCGCUUGGUUCAUCCAGAGCUUUUCCCGACGCUCUUCCAUCUGCUCCAGGAGGGUUGUCUGUGGACGCCUGUCUGAGCCCUUUCAUUCAUCUGUGACUCCAGUAGAGAGAAUGGGCAAAUCUUCCCAUAAGAUGGCCCUGUGAGUUCGGCCCUCUCCGUUAGGAGCGUCAGGAGCCAGACGUCUUCAAGGGUUUUCUUCGAGGCUGUGCUAAAUGGACACACAUGAACUGAAAUGGCUGUGGUGUUUGAGCGCUUUGUGUGGGGAACUUUCAUUUCCUGUUAGCUGUAAGAGCUUGGCAAUUCUCAUUAUACCUUCUGUUAGCAUUAUAAAGUAGUAUUAUUAUUAUGAAUUUGUACUUGUAGACAUGAUAUGAUUUAUUAUGUGUCUUCUCAUAUCUGAUCAUCAACCUUUUACUUACGUUUAUUUUUUUAUGAAGUAAUUCCUUUAUCCCCAAACCAGUAGCAGAACGACUGGAGCUCAAGUAUGAUUUCAGAAAUGAACUCUGAGCCUCGCAGCAUUCUGGCUCAUGUAGGCAGAGCGGCGGUGACUCUUCAACGUCUUCAGAUUUGUGAAGGAAAAUGAACGACACAUUACAUGAACUGGAGAACAUCUGUGAACUUCUGAACACUUCCACAGUGCCAGCGUGAGACUCUCAGUGGCAUUAAUACAACACAGAGAGACGUGCUUGAUGCCCAUAGACUGACUAGAACCCUGACAGGGCCUGGUCUCAUUUUCUACCAUGUUUAUAGAGCAGACAGACACUUUGUCAAUACUGUUUAAUGACUAUUAGCAAUGAAACCAGAUGGAAAAUAAUGGACAACACAAGAGACUGUCUUGCUGCUAACAGACAUUUCAGGAAAGAAAAACAUAUAUAUAUAUAUAUAUAUAUAUAUAUAUAUAGACAGAGAUAUAGCUUAUAGUUUUAUUAAACUGUGCUUCAGGAAAUGCCUUUUUGUACUAUGUUGAGACACUGAAUCCUUGUUCACCUGUACAAUCUCUUGUUUCGUAAGCGUGCGUGUGCGUGUGUGUGUGUGUUGAUGACUUUCCUCACAUAAUGUUCACUUCCUGAAGUCUGUAUGAAUGUCUCUGUGUAUUUGACCUCCUCUUGAUUGUACGGUUUAAAGAACUCUAGGUGAAAGUGUCUCAUCUCAA